UCAUUUCCAAUCAGUCCAGCAGUCCAUUUGAAAGUGAUUUGGUGGGUGGGUGUAUUUGCUACCUUCUUCGCACUGACAUUCCUUAUUUUGAUUUUAUACAAAACAAAAAUUUUUAGUGCAAAAAGUACAAUUAAAUCGAGAAAAAUUACAAUUUUUUAGAAAAAGUGUGAAAAAAUUUUAAAAGCACAAAAAAAGGUAAAAAUUCUAAAACUCAAUUGCAAUUUGUUAGUGAGCAAAAUAAGAAAGAAAGAUCGAUCGGAGGGUUGUGCAGAAAAACGGUAAAGCUAAAAGAAUUGGGCUUGCCUAAAAAAGUGCAACCGCUAGCUGCGUCGGCUGCGGUGGAACAGUCUGAAGCGUAGAUUGCUUUGUUGCUUGCGCUUGGAAGCCUUUCACAUUUAAUUGGUACGUGGCAUUGGUGGAGUUGGUGCAAAUUGACUAGCCGGCUUUGCAUGGCAACAAAACUUGAAGAAGGACGAGAAAACUCUGGACAUUAUUGGACAAUAUAAACCUGAAAUAUUCUGCUAAAUACAAAUAGGACCAAAAAACAAACAAAAAAACAAGCGUUCAGUUGUUAUUCUGAGUUUCAACAAUGCAAGAGUGCACACAUUAACGAACAAAUAAUAUACAGUUAACAACACCUAACAAAAAGCGAAAUGAGCAACAGAAGCACUAAUUAACAAACAAAUAAAAAACUCUAAACGAACAAAUUUUUAACAAAAAUAAAAAACUAAACGUACAACCAAAAUAUAGAGAAAAAGAACAAAAGUGUACCAAAUUGCAAGACAAAAAAAGUAUUUCAAAGGAAGCUGCAAAAAAGAAGCUCAAGCUAAUCUACGAAUUAGAAAAACCAGCAAUUAAGCGUCGAAAAUAAUUGCACGCAAAUAAAAGUAUCUCACACACACACACGCAAAUGCAUCAACCCACAUUAAUCACAAUGAAACACUAAUACAAAAGCAAGCAAACAGAUAAAUGUUAUGUAAUAUAUAAAUGUAUGUACAUCACGUCAAUGAACGAGCAAGGUUUUGUGGCAUACAAAAUAAAUCCACAACAACAAGAAAUAUUAUAUUAUAUAAAGCAAUAUUUAAGUAGCAUUUAAGCUUAAAUUUAAUUGAAUCAUUUUUUUUUUUGUAAUUUGUGCUUUUGCAAAUUUGUUUUGUAAAUUCGUUUAAGCCGUUUUUUCGUGUUUUGUUGUGUCGUUCGUCGUUGAGAAAAUAUGCUUUCAUUAAUUGAAGCGCCGCAAAUACGAGAUUAAAUUAAACUAAAUUAAUUACUUAGAAAGAGAUCUUUCGUGCUUGAUGGUACUAUAAUUCGCUAAUAUAUAGAACAUACGUUCAAAAAGUAUUUUAAUCGAAUAUAAGAAAUAAUUUAAUAUUAAAGAAGGAAAAGCAAAAUUUAACACUUCAGACACACGUACACGAAACACUCACACGAUAACAACAACAACUUACACCACCACGCACCUGUUAGGCAAGUGAGCGCAUGCGCAACAAUUCCCAUUAUCAAUUGCAUAUCAGUCGUACGAAUACGUAAUAGAGCGGAUUGUGAAAGAGCAAACAUACACAUCCAUUCAUAAAGACGCUUGCGCAAUAGCGCACAACUGCGUUACAGAUGGCCCAUGUUGUCGGCGUACCGAAACGCGACCCUUGCCAGAAGUGUCAAUUGCCGGUGUUUCUCGCUGAACGCCUAUUGGUCGGCAAGAAAGUUUAUCAUCGCACUUGUCUGAAAUGUGCACGUUGUGGUUCCCAACUCACACCAGGUAGCUUCUAUGAGACCGAAGUGGACGGCGAAUACUGUUGUGAAACAUGUCCUGAUGAGGAGACGCUACUGAACUCAGCCACUGGUGUUGAAUUGGCAGCAGGUGGUGUGGAAUUGCGUCAUGUAAGUGAAGAGCAAACGCCUUCCUCCAGCAGUUUUGUCAUGCCAAAAGCCGCGCGCAGCUCCAUAGCCGAACGACUAGCAUUCUUUGAGCAAUCCAAUAGCACUGGCGCUAGAAAAAGCGGUGAAGUAUCGUCUGCUGGUAAAUUUUUGUUGCAGAAAAGCGUUUCCGAUGAGGAGAAGAGCAAGAGUCUGCAACGCAUGGAAGCGCCAACCACAACGUCGGCAUAUAAGAUGAACAGCGCGCUUAGCAAUUUUCUCAGCAACACCAUCGAUCGUCCAGGCGAGGAUACGGAGAGUUUAACCAGCUUGACCGUUGAGAGUAAAUCGGACGCAGAUACACAAAUGGAAACAUCGGAUACGGAAAACGACACAGAAGCGGAGACAAGCUUGGAAGACGUGGCGCCUGCAUUGCCCAAAACGCAGCCACCAUCGGUGAUAAAGGAGAAGGUCGAAGAGAAGGAAGAGUUAGCAAGCGAAAUAGAGAAGAAAAAAGCAGAGAAAGUCGCUGUGGAACGAUUUACAACCACUGCACAAUUGCAGCUAUCCGGAGCAUCAGAGGAAACGGAAAAAGCAAAGAUAGCAGCAGUUGGUGACCAACUACAGGUGGAUGAUCAAGCUAAGGAGACAAACGGCAACAGCACUGAAAAAUCGAAUGAGAAAAAGAAAAGUGAGUUGCAAUUAAAUUUGACUACAGCGCUAACAGCAACAAAAUCAUAUACAGCUACAGCAAAUAUAGCCGAACCUUCAAUCCACACCGAGCAACCUGCAGAUAACGCCAACAACAAUGACCAUCAGGAUGUUGAUUUAAAGAGUGUCUCAACAGAAGCAGCAGAGGAAAAAGCGCAAACAAGCCUAACAGCAGCAAUUAAUUUAGAUUUAAGUGAACCUAAUUCUAAUGAAGAUGUUACCAAAGACCAAAUUGCAGAUACAAAUGUAAUUGAUGCAGUAACAGCACAACCGCAGAUGCAAGUGCAACCGAAGACUACAAACAUUGAAAAGCUCGAAACAUUGCGAGCCAAUCUCAGUGAGUUGGAUACGGAAAGUCGGACUGAAAAUACGGACACGACCGUGGAGAAUCCUGCUCACAAGGGCAUAAAGGCACUGGAAUCGCUGGAACAAUUGUCGAUCGAUGAUCGAUUGAAUGUGGUGCGUGCGCGACUGCAACAAUUCGACGUAAUUGUAAUUUCAAACAAACGUAAUAAUAAUGCUGACGAUGAGAAAAGCAGCGAUAAUGAUACGUCUAUUGAUAAUAAAUUAAGUGACUCUGAUGUUGAUAGAACUAACACUUCUAGCGAUAAGAAGGUACUGAAUACUGGUCAUAAAGUGGCCACAAAAGCGAAUGCAGGGGAUGAAGUCGUGUUAACGCCACUAUCCCCACUAAAAAGUAAUGCAACUAAUGUAACUAAGAGUGUAACUAAAGCAAAUCUCGAAGAUGAAGCAAAAUUACGAGCAAUGGGAAUUGAGAAGUCUGAACAAGUUGAAGCUAAAACACAGGGAAACAAGGAAAACGUAAGUGAGGUGCCUUUACAAAUGGAAAUAGUAAAAGACAAUAAAGUAGAAUUAAAUGUAGAAGAGAGUAAACUCGAACAAGAAUCGAGCACGUUCAAGGAAGCAGCAAAAAUAGAAAUAAGCGAGGUCGAAGCUAGCGACGACACCGCAACUAAGGAGGUAACCACGUUGGCAACACCAACGAAAGCUGUCGUCGCCGAUGUGAACGCAACACCAGAAAAGGUAGCAACUACACCUAUCAUAAUUAGUCCCGCUGAAUAUCCCGAAGAUUUAAAUCCCUUCAAAUCAGAAGAUGAAGAAGAUGAGGAGUUAACUUCCAACAAAGAAAAUAACCAAAAUCCACCACAAGCCGAAUUCCGGACACCACAAGCGCGUGCAAGCAACACUUCAAUCGCAAAAGCUGCAGUAAAAGCACAAAAUCUCAAUCCCUUCGAUAGUUCCGAUGAUGAGGUCGAGCUGGAGAAGACAUCGCGCAGCUCCACGGCAGCUUCUACGCCCUCGAGUGGCAAAGUGCCGCCACCACGUCCACCACCACCGCGCAUCUCGCGUAAUCCAUUUGGUGAGGACACCGCCGAAGAUGUAGCAAAUUUUUCACGUCGCUCCAGUUUGUCAUCAUCAUUGACAAAGAAGACGCCAGUGCCCACACCCAGAACAAAUAUAUCACUAUCACAAAAUCCCACACCGGAACCCACGCCUCGCCUCAGCAGUAAAUCUGAAAAAUCCGCCUCAUCGUACAUUCUACAAAAUUCUAGCGAUUUCUAUGGCAGCGCCAAUUCGCUCGGCAGUACCAACGCCAGCUACCACAACACACCACAAAGUCUGCAACGCAACACAGAUGCACGUGGCUCCAACAACUCUUUUUCCUCGUCCGCCGGUGGCACCAUACGUUCUCGCAAAACGCGCAAAGCACCUCAACCACCUGCGCAGCUCGCCAAGGAGCUGUUCCCUGCAUCCACACCGCCACCUGCGAACUCUGAUCGGCAAACCGACAGCUCGAAAGCCUCUACACCCAGUUCGAGUACGGUAGGCACACCAAAGUUAAGUCGCAAAAAACGUCCCGCACCAGCGCCACCAAAACCUGCACGACUCGAUCCUAGUUUGCUAGCAUUGGAACAACAGCCACAACAACAUCACACAAAUGACACGGCGCCAAAAAACUCAUUUAAUUACCCUCUGCAAGGCGAUACAUCCGACUCGAAGUUAUCCGACGAAGAGAAAGCUUUGUUGGAGGGUAAGCAGUUGUCAAUAGACAGCAUAAAGUUGACAAGUUUCGACGAUGAGGACUUAACGUCGAGUCGUCGUAGCUCACGUCGCAUCAUACCGCUCGAUGCUAGCCUGCUGGAAGACGAACAUGACGCUGAUGUGGGCAGCGCUGAUGCCAAUGGUGGCGGCAGCGGAACGUGCGAUGACGCCAAGCAAAAGCAGCAGUUGUUGCGUUAUAGCGAACAGGAAGAGUCGAAUGUCGUGUAUCGGCGUGUCAUCGUACCACCCAGCAUGGAGACACCGACGCGCGAAUCGAAUCCACUGUUCGAUAGUCUACACGAUCGGCAGCUCGAGAAGUUAAAGGACAACAAAGAGGCGCAAAAUCGCAAUCGACAAUCACAAAUAUCAGCAUCGUCCGGUACAGAAGAUUGCGACAUCUCGUCAACGCCAUAUAAUAAAUCUGCGCACGGCAAGUGGAAACGGCGCAAAGGACCGGCACCGGCAUUGCCGAUACCACCACGCAAAGUGUUGCAGAUGUUGCCAUUGCAAGAGAUUCGCCAUGAGCUGGAGAUCAUUGAAGUCCAGCAGCAGGGUCUCGAAAAGCAGGGUGUUAUAUUGGAGAAAAUGAUACGCGAUCGUUGCGAGGGGCAAAAUGGUGAGCUAUUGGGCGCAAAUAGCUCGACAGAGGAUACGCCGGACGGCCGGAAAGCAUCAACUAGUGGAGGGGAAAAUGUGCAAAAUUCGAAAGAAGUGGAAGAUCUAAUACUGCAAUUGUUCGAGCUGGUCAACGAGAAGAACGAGCUGUUUCGCCGACAAGCCGAGCUAAUGUAUCUUCGUCGCCAGCAUCGCUUGGAGCAGGAACAGGCCGAUUUGGAGUACGAAAUACGAGUGCUAAUGGCACAGCCGGAACGCAAUAAAACCGAUUCCGAUAAAGCGCGCGAAGAGACGCUCAUUGCUCGUCUGGUGGAGGUGGUGCAAUUGCGGAAUGAGGUGGUGGAGUGUCUGGAAAUGGAUCGAUUGCGUGAAGCCGAAGAAGAUUUGAGUAUUAAACAACGCUUAGAAAUGCAUACAGCGCAGCGUGAAGAGGAUACCGAUUCGAGAAAAAUCACAGCGAAGCUGUCCAAGAAGGAGAAAAAGAAACAAAAGGAAUCAAAAAAGCUGAGCAAAAGCAAGAAAAUUGAUGCGGACAAGGAUGCUGACGAAUCCGAGUUGGGUAUGGACAAGCAGAAAUUGAAAAAGAAAAAGAAGAAAUUUCUCUUUUAAGAAAACAGACUGAGAUGCAUUUCUGGGCGUCGGACGGUGUAGUUUGGUAGUGGUAGAAGAGAAGACGUCUUAGAGUAGCCGUCUUGUGAUAAUCCUAUGACAAAAUUCCUUUCAAACAAAAAACAAAAACAAAUAAAUUUGCAUGCAGGCCGAAAAACGAUAGUUACAAACUGCUUGCAUACGAAAUGUGACGUCCUCUUCACUGCAUCAUUAAUUUCGCAUGCUUAGUGGAGACUUGCAUUACAGCCUGAUCAAAUAAUUCCAUGCUCGUUUUAAUUAUUUUACUUUAACUUCGCAAAUUAUUUCACUUUCAUUGGCUUUAAAUGUAAAAUAGAAAUCUAGUUGGAAAAAGUUGUUUUUUUUUUAUUUUAUUUUCAAUUUCAUUGGCUUUGAAUGUAAAAUAGAAAUCUAAUUGGAAAAAAGUUGUUUUUUUUUUAUUUUAUUUUCAAUUUCAUUGGCUUUAAAUGUAAAAUAGAAAUCUAGUUGGAAAAAAGUUGCUUUUUAUGUUAUUCUUUUCUUUUAUUCCUCCAUUGAAAUCUCAGCAUUUUCAGUUUAGUUAAUUAAGCAUAUCUGCCUUUAUACUAUUUUAUUGAUUGUUAUUAAAGAGAGAAAGAAAGAAAAAAAGAACAAAACCAAUAACAAAAAGAAAAAAAAAAACGCGAAUUACUAUAUUAAACAAAAUUACUUUUAAAUUUAUAUACACACAGUGUUAGUGGCAUAAUGUUAGUUAAAUGUAAGCAUAUGUAAACAAAAAAUAUAUUUUUUGCAUGUAUUAUACUGUUAAAUUAAACCUUACAUACAUACAAACAUACAUACGUACA